GUGGUUUGGAAACUGCCCUGAGUGGCUUUACUGCAAGCUAGCGGCCGCCUUUCGAAGUCAACAAACCUGCUUCUCCAUCUUCCCCUUCAGCCGAUUCCGUACUAGAACGGCUGCAAUGGCAGCGAACCCUUUCUUACUGGCCGCCGACAGUGACCCUCGACUUCUCCCGCUUCUCCGAGCAAAUCCUUCUCUAGCCUCCUCUCAAGACGACCACGGCUACUCUGUCAUGCAUGCUGCUGCAUCAUACAAUCACCUCGAUUUGCUUCGAACACUUGUGAACGAGUUCCAGGUCAACGUUGACUUGAAAGAUGAGGAUGGCGAGACGGCUCUCUUCGUUGCGGAAACUAUGGAUUGUGCAAAAUUGCUAGUCGAGGAACUUCACGCCGAUAUCACAAUUCGGAAUGAUGAAGGCAAAACCGCAAGAGAGAAGUUGGUAGAGGAGGGCGAUUUCCCAGAAGUUGCGGUAUAUCUGCGGGUAAAGGAGCUCGAGGCACAGGUGAACGGGGUCCACAGUGUAGCAGCCACAAAUGAGGUACAUGCACCUCCACCUCUGCCCGAAGGUGCCUCGGUGAGCAUUGGAUCGAUGGCGCCCGAAGAAGUUGGAGAAGUUGUGGACACAGAAUUCAGACGGCGGAUAGAGGAACUUGCGGCACGAGAGGAUUUCCAAAGCGAGGAAGGCCAAAGACAAUUGAGAGAGCUUGUCACAGAAGCACUGAGAGGAGAGGUCAAUGAGCGGGAUGUACGCCAACGUACGAGCUGACUGAGU